CGAGGACGCUUGGAGGAGCGUCCUCAGUUGCCAUGGAAACGGGACCCAGCGAAGAACCUAGCGGCCAAAAGGAGUCCCAGGAAAUUUGCCCCCCGGGAUUACUGGUAUUUGCCGGCUCCUCAGAACAAGAUGCCAACUUGGCUAAGCAGUUCUGGAUCUCGGCGUCGAUGUAUCCCCCUAGCGAAUCUCAGCUGGUGCUGCGCAGAGACAGCAGUCAGCGUCUGCCGGUGGCGCGGCGCCGGAGGAGCAGAGGGUCUGAGAACAGUCACUCCUCGCAGUCUUCUCACCUUGUGAGUAACAACAAAAAUAGAAACAUCUUUGCCGAAGCCCUGAAGAUACAGGAAUCUGAGGAGAAAGUAAAGUAUCUCCAAAAGAUUCGGGGCAUACAUAUGCAGGCUUGUUACAUGGAAAUAUUGUGCGAUGUGGGUAUGAAUGAUCCUGUCACCCAGGCUAAAACAAGAGAAGAGAUUAUCCAACUCUUAAGAAAACAAAGAGAAGAAAGGAUCUCGGUGAGACCAAUAAAAGAACUGAUUUCCCUUCCUUAUAAACCAAAAGCCAAAGAACACGAAGCAAAGAAAGUGGUAUCAGAGUCAGAUAAAGAAGACCAAGAAGAAGUCAAAGCCUUGGAUUAAUUUGCUUGACACAUGACAGAGGAUGGCUCACUUAUAUCUUCACUUUGGAAACAACCUUCUCUUAGAUCAGGAUCAUUGAGAUCACUGGCAACACUAUAGUAGACAAAGAAAUACAAGUUAAAUAUGCAGAUUUCCAGGAAUUUUACCAGUUAGUGAAUACUUGUGUUAAAAUAAAGAAAUAAAGGUUACAUAUGCAGACUUCUAUGAAUUCUA